CUUUCGAACCACACUUGUUAUUUUCUGCAACACAUCGCGGUAUGCUGGCGGUGUUUUUGGAUUAGCAGAUAGACAUUCGACAGCCAACACAAGCUGAUCAUUAGGUAAAUCUAUAAACGUAAGUUUCUUUUUCUUUUUAUUUUCUUUACUUACUAGAGAACGAGUUUGAUUGUGCAACUAUCUCAGCUGAAGGUGUAGUAGGCAUAUCGAAGAUAAUAAAGAGAACAAGAAAAAAAGAAAAAGAAAAUGACAAAGCAGUCUUUUUUCUUUUUUCAUUUUUUCAUUUUUGUUAUUAAACUAUGCGCCCUGCAAGAAGAAGAGCUGCUGCUGUAGCUGCUGCUGCUGUCACUAGACCCAUGUCAACUUCAUCAUUGUCUUCCUCUGCUUCAGAGAUAGAAGAAGAAGAGCUGCAAAGUUCUUCGGAACUUGAUGAACUUACUACAAAAGAUAACGAAAUAUUUUCUGAAGAAGACUUGGAUCAACUUCAUGAAAAGAAUAAUGAUGAAUUAGAGUCUUUGUCAGACGAACAACUCGACGAUGAAGACGAUGAAGAAGCUAUGAAUGAAGAGGACGAGACUUUGAAUGAGGAAGAAGCCAUGGAUGAAGAUGACGAGGAUGAAGAGCUAAUGCCUCUCCCACGUAAGUCUAAUCUAGCGCGUAACAACAAACGCAAAACGCAGGUUAUAGAUAGUGAAGAAGAAGAAGAAGAAGAAGGAUUUACAGACGAAGAAGUAUUAAGAAACAAGCCCAUGACAAAAAGACAACGUGCCAAAGUAUAUCAAGAUAUUCCUGAAGAAUAUCUCGAAUUGCCCAUGGACACAGGCAAGAAGAAGCAAUUGACAGAAGAAGAAGAACAACUCAAGAAAUCAGAAGUAGCCAGAAGAAGAAAGAAUCAAAGUAUUCAACGUGCAGAAAAGGACAAGGCAGAUACCAUCAAUCGUCUAUUAAAAAAACAAGCAUCAAAAAGCAAGCGCGUUAUUGAAGAUAAUGCAGAAGAUAAAGAAACUGCCCAUGAAAAACUAAAGCGACUCGAAGAUCCUCAUCGAUUACGUUAUGUAAACACAGCCAAAGGAAGUCAAUUAAGCAUACCCAACAUUUUCUCGGUGAAUCAAGUCUUUGGUACACCUUCUCAUGCUGUUGUUCCUACUGCUCGUCAAUGUCAAGUGGAGGGCUGCUCUCAGAAUCGUAAAUACACUGCUAAAAAGAGUGGAAAAUACGCUUGCUCACUUGAACAUUACAAGGUUGUUGAAACAAUGUAAAUAAAA